UCUCUCUCUCUGUAUUCAUUAAGUAAAAUGGCAGAAGCCAGAUUUUCUCAGGAUGAGAUUGUGUGUGCAGUGUGUCUGGAUCUCCCGAAGGAGCCAGUGAGCAUCCAGUGUGGACACAGUUACUGUAUGAACUGUAUUACAGACUUCUGGGAUCUCGAGGAUCAGAAGAGAGUCUACAGCUGCCCUCAGUGCAGACAGAGCUUCAGUCCGAGACCUGCUUUAGCUAAAAACACCAUGCUGGCUGAAGUGGUGGAGAAACUGAAGAAGACCAAACUCUCUGCUGACUGUUACGCUGGAGCUGGAGAUGUGCAGUGUGACGUCUGUACUGGAAGAAAAUACAAAGCCGUCAGGUCCUGUCUGAUGUGUCUGAACUCUUACUGUCAGAAUCACCUCGAACAACACGAGAGUUUUUUCAAAGGAAAGAAACACAAUUUGACUGAAGCCACUGGACGACUGCAGGAGAUGAUCUGCCAUGAACAUGAUAAACAUCUGGAAAUGUACUGUAUUACGGACCAACGGUGCAUUUGUGUGCUGUGUGCAAAAUAUGAGCAUGAAAACCACAACACUGUAUCAGCUGCAGCACAGAGGACGGAAAAACAGAAAAAGUUGAAGGAGACACAGAGAAGGCUCCAGCAGAGACUCCAGCAGAGAGAGAAAGAUCUUCAGCAGCUGAGAGAGGCUGUGGAGUCUCAGAAGCGCUCUGCACAGACAGCAGUGCAUUACAGUGAGAGGAUCUUUACUGAGCUCAUCCGCUCCAUUGAGAGGAGCCGCUCUGAGGUCACACAGAUGAUCAGAGAUCAGGAGAAGACUGCAGUGAGUCGAGCUGAAGGACGACUGGAGCGACUGGAGCAGGAGAUCAAUGAUCUGAGGAGGAGAGACGCUGAGCUGGAGCAGCUGGAGCACACACAGGAUCACAUCCAGUUCCUGCAGAGUUUCCAGUCACUCUCUGCACCUCCCGAAUCUACAGAUGUACCCAACAUUCCCUUCUGUUCUCUCUUCUCUUUUGAUGGCAUAAGAGAAUCUGUCCAUCAGCUAAGAGACAAACUGGAGGAUUUCUGCAAAGAAGAGCUCAAAAAGAUCUCUGACAGAGUCACAAUGACCAACAUUGCUCCCAGGACCAGGAAUGACUUCCUACAAUAUUUCCAUCAGCUCACUCUGGAUCUGAACACAGUGAAUAAAUGUCUCUGUCUCUCUGAGAGGAACCGAGUUAUUAAAUACACUGGAACAAAGCAGCCGUAUCCUGAUCAUCCAGACAGAUUUGAUGUGUUUCAGGUAUUGUGCAGAGAGAGUUUGUGUGGACGCUGUUACUGGGAGAUCGAGUGGAGUGGGAGUGUACAUAUAUCAGUGUCAUAUAAGAGCAUCAGUAGGAAAGGACGGAGUUAUGAGCGUGUGUUUGGACGUAAUGACCAGUCCUGGAGUUUGUUCUGCUCUCCUUCUAGUUACUCAUUAGUACACAAUGACAUAGUGACUAAACUCCCUGCAGUAUCCAGCAGGAGAAUAGGAGUGUUUGUGGAUCACAGUGCAGGAACUCUGUCCUUCUACAGCGUCUCUGACACAAUGAGUCUCAUCCACACAGUCCAGACCGCAUUCACUCAGACGCUCUAUCCUGGGUUUUAUGUUUAUUCUGGAUCAUCAGUGAAACUGUGCUGAUGUAUCAGAAUAGAUCGUAGAGUAAUUGUAAAUAAUACUCUGAGCUGCAAGAUUUAUCAGUAACACUGAGAUGUCUCUUAUUUUCUCUUCAUUACAUUCAUACUGAAGCUGAACUUCUGUCAAUGAAAUAUGUCAGAAUAAAAAUAAAUCCUCA